UGCAUCAGUGAGAGGGCUUAAAUUUCGGCGGCUUGUUUUUGGAGGCUACUUUUGAACUCUUUCUUUUAGAAUCGCGUUUUAGAACGUUAAAAAAAAAAAGUACGGAGAACAGACAACAGCUUAAGCCUCGCUAGAGCACUGAAAUGAAUGGUUUCUGAAAUUUGUUUGGAAGUGUUGAGGCCUAUUUGGUUAAAACCACCAGGCACAAGCCAGGGAGCCCAUCUCCCAGAAGAAUCACAUACAGUGUUGAGCAAGAGGGGAGAAUCGUUUGUAAGGUUUAGGUGCCCUGUGGAGGAUUCUGAAGAGGGUCAAGAUGAUAGCUGAUUAGUUGAAGACUUCAGGAAAAUAGUCUGUUGCCACCCCGCGUUGACUUUUUGAACUUCACUAUCUUUUCAUGUAAGAACAUUUUGGCCACUCAAGUGUCUCCAGAAAAAAAACAACAACCAGAAUAUCUUGAUAUCAUCGUCGUCAUCAUAAUUUGUUUCUUGGAAUUGGGAGACCAUAUCCACUCCCCUUCUAUCUCUGUGGGGAGCAGGUUUAAAAGACACCUGGAAGUCCACGAUCAAAAUCUAAUCCAGAAUGGCUACUCUGAUCUUUAUUGAUAAGGAAAACGGAGAACCAGGCACCCGUGUGGCUCUUAAGGACGGGAAGCUGGGGUCUGGGUCAUCAGUAAAAGCUUUAGAUGGGAGAUCUCAGGUUUCAACACCGCGUGUUGGCAAAAUGUUUGAUGCUCCACCAGCCUUACCAAAAACGGCCAGAAAGGCUUUGGGAACUGUCAACAGAGCUACAGAAAAGUCGGUAAAGACUAAUGGACCCCUCAAACAGAAGCAGACAACCUUCUCUGCCAAAAAGGUGGCUGAGAAGACUGUUAAAGCAAAAGAUUCUUUUCCUGCCUCAGAGGACACCUAUCCAGAAAUAGAAAAAUUCUUUCCCUUCAAUCCUUUAGAUUUUGAGAGUUUUGACCUGCCUGAAGAGCACCAGAUUGCACACCUACCCUUGAAUGGAGUGCCUCUUAUGAUCCUUGACGAGGAGCAGGAAAUUGAAAAGCUGCUGCACCUGGGCCCCCCUUCACCUCUGAAGAUGCCCUCUCUACCUUGGGAGUCUAAUCCAUUGUCGUCUCCGAGCAUUCUGUCAACUCUGGAUGUUGAAUUGCCACCUCUUUGCUAUGACUUAGAUAUUUAAAUUUCUUAGCACUCUGUAGUUUGUAUGUUUUAAAUUAAUAAAGCAAUUCUUUAAGAGUC